UGGUUCGGAUUCAAUACUACUUUUUCAAAUCGGGUUCGGUUCGGUUCUUCGGAUCUGGGUUUUUUGCCCAGUCCUAAUAUAUACAAAACAAUAAUAUCAAGAAAUAAGUUCAAAUAAGCCAAAUCCUUUAUUUUUAUAAUCAAAGAUUUUUUUUGUUUUAAUAAAGUGGGUGUGUUAUUUAUAUAUUCUUUUUAAAAAGUCCUCGAAAUUAACGAGUCAAGUGUACCUGGCAAGUACUCCCCUUCCCGUACCUACUUUACUUUAAGCCAAAUUCCCAAAACUACCCUCGCCUCUAUUUAAAACCGGAAACCUUCUCUCACUUUCGACAAAAGCUUCUCAUUCAUUCAUUCUCAACAAGUCUCAUCACUCUACAAAACACUUCCCCUCUCUCUCUCUAUCUCUCAAACCAAAGCUCCAAGAUGAAGUAUCUGAUCCGCCGUCUCUCCCGCGUCGCCGACUCCGCUCAUUACAACCUCCUCCGGUCCGAUUCACAACGACCGAGCCGCCGUCCCGAAUCUUUCCUCCGGUCUUCGAUGGCUCGCCGCUCAAAGAAGCAUACAUCAUGUGUUCCCCAAGGUUACGUACCGGUCUACGUAGGAGAGGAGAUGGAGAGGUUCGUCGUGAGCGCGGAGCUACUUAACCACCCGGUUUUCAUCGGUUUGUUAAACCGGUCUGCUCAGGAGUAUGGUUACGAGCAAAAAGGAGUUCUACAAAUCCCAUGCCACGUUCUUGUCUUCGAGCGCGUCAUUGAGUCUCUUCGUCUUGGAUCAACUGUGCCAAGUGACCUUCAAGAUCUAAUCGGCGACGAGACGAUUUUUUAGACGAAUCUUUGGUAGUUAGCGAUUUUUGUUCAGAUACGAAGUAUUACGAAGUAAUAGUUCGUCUUUGUUGAUAAUGUACAGAGCUAUAUAUGUAUUUCUUUCUCUUUUUGAAGAUUUGUUUGUUGCAAAUUUCAUAAUUUUUCGCCGGUUUAAUAACCGGUUAGACAUUCUUGUGAAGAUAUAUAUAUGGAAAUUGGUUCGGUUUGGAUA